AUGAAGGACGGCUCCAUGGCCGCGGGCCAAGUCUCCUUCCACAACCACAAGCUCGUCCGCAAGGUCUUUGUGCCCCAGCGCGAGAACCCGAUCGUCAACCGACUGAACAAAACCCGCGUCGAGGAAUUCCCGGACCUCCGCGCCGAGAAGGAGGAAUACCUGAAGGUGCAGCGGAGUCAGGAGCGCAAGGCCCGUGAGGAGAAGAAGAACCGCGACAAGCAGGAAAAGAGGGAGCGCGAGCAGCUCAAGUGGCAGAAGGAUCAUGCGUAUGAUGAUUUGUUCAGUGCGGAGAAUAUGGAGGCGAGCAAUAACCAGGAUCGCGAUGCAGAUUUCUUGGAUGAUUUUAUGUGA